CAGCUCUUUGGUAUAUAAACAUGGGCUCCAGCAGCUAGAGUACCUCCCUCCUGAGCUCCAGAAGCAAAGCAUGCUCCUGGGAGCAGCCACUGUUGUCCUCCUGGUUUGCAUUGCUUGCCUGCUCUCCUUUGCAUCAUGGAGAUGGAGGUCUGGAAAGGGGAAAAUGCCUCCAGGACCAGCUCCCAUUCCCAUCCUAGGUAAUGUGCUGCACGUGAAACCAAAGAACUUGGCCAAAACCCUCCAAAAGCUCAGUGAAGAGUAUGGACCAGUGUUCACAGUGCACCUGGGCUCUGACCCAGUGGUGGUGCUGCACAGAUCUGACCUGGUGAAAGAAGCCUUGAUUGAUCGCGCGGAUGAGUUUGCUGCCAGAGGACAUAUGGCAAUAGGAGAAAGGGCUAACAAUGGAUUAGGGAUUAUCUUCAGCAGCAAUGAGAGCUGGUUACAAGUCCGGCGGUUUGCUCUCAGCACUCUGCGCAACUUUGGAAUGGGAAAGAGCAGCAUUGAAGAGACGAUCCAGGAGGAAAUGGAACACUUGCUGGAAGAGAUCAGCAAAACAAAGGGAACACCUUUUGAUCCAGUCUUCAUGCUGAGCUGUGCUGUCUCCAAUGUCAUAUGCUCCAUUGUCUUUGGGAAACGAUAUGACUGUAAAGACAAGAAGUUCCUGUCUCUGAUGAAGAACAUGAACAACAUCAUGAAUAUGAUGAACUCCUUCUGGGGACAGCUCUACCAGAUGUUCUCAAAGAUCCUGGAUUACUUGCCUGGCCCACACAACAGAGUGUUUGCAGAAAUCGAUGCUCUAAAAGCCUUUGUGUCAGAAGAGAUGAAGAUGCACAAAGGCUCCCUAGAUCCCAGCUCCCCUCAGGAUUACAUUGACUGCUUCCUCUGCAAAAUGCAGAAGGAGAAAAAGAAUCCCAACUCCAGUUUCCACAUGGAGAACCUGAUAACCAGCACCUUUGACUUGUUCAUUGCCGGAUCUGAGACAACUAGCACCACCAUAAGAUAUGGGCUUCUGCUUCUUCUCAAAUACCCAAAGAUACAAGAGAAAGUUCAAGAAGAGAUUGACCAGGUAGUGGGACGAUCACGAAGACCUUGUGUGGCUGACCGGUCCCAGAUGCCCUACACAGAUGCAGUGCUCCAUGAAAUCCAGCGCUUCAUCACCCUCCUUCCCUUUAGUCUCCCUCACACUGUGACCAAAGACACCCACUUCAGAGAGUAUGUCAUUCCCAAGGGCACCACAGUCUUUCCCAGCCUCACUUCUGUCCUCCAUGACAGUAAAGAGUUUCCAAACCCAAGUGAGUUCAAUCCUGGACAUUUCUUGAAUGAGAAUGGCACCUUUAGGAAGAGUGAAUUCUUUAUGCCCUUCUCAGCAGGAAAGCGAAUAUGCCCUGGAGAGGGCCUGGCACGCAUGGAGAUAUUCUUGUUCAUGACUACCAUCUUGCAGAACUUUACCUUGAAGUCUGUUGUUGACCCCCAGGAGCUUGAUAUAACCCCGACACUGAGUGGGACAUUUAACAUACCUCCUGCCUUCCAGCUCUGUGCUUUCCCCCGCUGAAAAGCACAAAACCUCUCUCCACAGUGUCCUGAGCCUGGCUGCUCCUUUACAUCCCCCUUACUAAAACCAAGACCAAAAGCAUCGGCGCACCUAUCCAAGGCCCCCAAGAAGACAGCCCAAAGACAGAUAUGUGCACAGACUAGACACAUUUCAAAGCCUCCCAGAACUGCUCCACCACAUUGCAGGGAGGCGCUGGGUGACAGUGCAGCCUGUUGCACUGACACUCUGUCCAUGGGCUCACUGAACACAGCGGCUACAUCAAACAGCUGAUUUUCUCAUAAACUCAGCUCCCAUGGCUGCCCACAACCUGCUUCUCCUGCAGCAUAUGUCCCACCAAGAGCAGCAUGCUUUGUAGAGAGGUAGCACUGCUUGUGUGUACAUUAAUGACCCAAUAAAGAUAAAUCUGCUGAUGAGGA